AUGGCUUGGCGCGGCAACUGCUCGAGUCGUCCGCGCUGGCGGGGCGAUGAAAAGGAGCAAACGAGAAUCUUCCUCGGCCGAGGGGCUGCAGCUUGCAACUUUUUAGGGAUACGCUCAGAGAUCGAAUCAAGAUCGUAUAUGAAGACUGUAGGAUACACUUCAGUACUCCUUGCUUCAAAGCACUCGAUCUCCCGUGUUCCGGUAACGCAUCACGCCCGACCAAGGUCUGCAGCCACUGCACAGUCACAACGUCACGAGAUAUACUGUAUCCCUCCAGAGAACCAGGACCCUGAAACCGGCAUUACCGCAUUCUGCAGGCGACUCGCAUCAACAUUCAGGCUCGUCGGUCCUGACAUGUACAUUGCGAGAUACUCGGACAACAUCUUUGUCUCGUUCAGACGUGUAAUUUCGUCAGUCUCAGCACCUCCCCGUGCUGCUCUCAGCACAGCGCUCAACCGGCGGUCAUAUUCCACAGCUCCCCAUCCGCCUCCCACAGACACAACAGACAUGCCUGAGCAACAGCGGCGGCAUCCGUACCGCGGCGGCGCGGGCAAGAACUUCCGCAAAGGCAGACCCGGCAGACCUCAGGGCCAGGGUCAGCAGCAGGAUGGCCAAGACGGCGGUCCUCCGUUCGGGCAGAGAGGACCUCGCGGGGGCGGCGGCAGAGGCGGCCGUCCGGUUCAGCAGCAGCACCAGCAGCUCCAGGAAGACUCGGACCAGCAAAUGGACUCGGGGACAUCGACGCCGAUGGACCUGUCAGCCGUCCACAACCCGGCGCUGACGAUUGACAUCCCGAUGGACACGCCGCUGUUUGCAGACCUGGCGCGGGACGGCCUCGUGCACCCGACCAUCAUUCAGACCAUCACCGAGGACCUCAAGUUUGGCCACAUGACGCCCGUCCAGGCGGCCACGAUCCACGAGCUGCUGACAAGCACGGACGUCCUCGCCCAGGCCAAGACGGGCACCGGCAAGACCAUUGCCUUCCUGCUGCCCGCCAUCCAGUCCAUGCUCAAGCGCAAGCUCACGCCGGGCCGCCAGAUCUCGCUGCUCGUCAUCUCGCCCACGCGCGAGCUGGCCAUGCAGAUCGCCAAGGAGGCCGAGGCCCUCCUCCAGCGCAUGCCCCAGUACAAGAUCUGCCUCGCCAUCGGCGGCACCAACAAGGACUCGGAGGAGCGCCGCAUCCUCCGCGGGUGCGACAUCCUCGUCGGCACCCCCGGCCGGCUGUACGACCACCUCGGCACCGACGGCGGCAGCGUCGCCGAGAUGCUGCAGGCCGUCGACACGCUCGUCCUCGACGAGGCCGACCGCCUGCUCGACAUGGGCUUCCUCGACUCCCUCAAGAAGAUCAUCCGGUGCCUGCCGGACAAGGAAAAGUCGAACCGGCAGGGCAUGCUCUUCUCGGCCACGAUUGCCGACCACGUCGAGAAGGUGGCCCACCUGGCCCUGUCGCGCGACUACAAGUUCAUCUCGACCAUCCCCAAGGGCGAGAUCAACACGCACGAGCGCGUGCCGCAGCACCUCAUCGUGGUUCCCAACUUUGCCGACAUGGCCGCCGGCCUCGUCGGCACCAUCCGGCAGGAGCUCGCGGCCAUCGGCCCGGCCACUUUUAAAGCCAUCAUCUUCGCGCCCACCGCGGGCAUCGUCGACUUCUACCACGACGUGCUCUCCGCACUGGCUCCCCAGUACGGCCUCCCGCCCGUGUGCGCCCUGCACGCGCGCCUCACCCAGUCCCGGCGCACCAAGACGACGGACCAGUUUCGCACCGCGCCCAACGGCAUCCUCGUCGCGACCGACGUCAUCGCCCGCGGCAUGGAUUUCCCGGGCAUAACCAACGUGUUCCAGGCGGGCAUCCCCUCGGACAAGGAGUCGUACAUCCACCGGCUGGGCCGGACCGCGCGCGCGGGCGCCGAGGGCAGGGGCCACUUCAUCAUCACCCAACAGGAAGGGUACUUCCCAAAAUACACCCUCAAGGAGAUCACCUUCCAGGAGCAGCAGCCCGCGGACCUGUCGGCGCAGGCCGACGUGCUCGCCGUCGCGGAGCGGCUCGACACCCAGGCCAAGACGUACCAGGGCUGGCUGGGCUUCUACAAGAGCUACAUGAAGCCCCUGGGCUGGGACGCUGCCACCCUGGUGCGCGAGGCCAACCGGUACGCGCUGGACGGGCUCGGCGCGCCAGAGGUGCCGACCCUGCAGAAGAGCACGGUCGGCAAGAUGGGGCUCAAGGGGGUCAAGGGUCUUAUUGUCGGGCCGGAUGCGCCCAAGGCGGCGAGAGGAGGGGGUGGUGGCGGUGGACGUGGAGGAGGCGGCGGCGGCGGUGGUGGUGGUGGCCGCGGUGGAAGGAGAUGA